AUGCCUGGAAAGCUAGUCAAUAUAACCAUCGUAACUGAGUUUUUACUUAUGGGAUUCCCUGAUAACUGGAUGCUACAGAAGCUGUGUGCAGUCCUCUUCUUCCUCAUUUACCUAACAGCACUGAUGGGGAACCUCCUCAUUGUCAUUCUCACCACCAUUGACCAGCACCUUCAAGCCCCCAUGUAUUUCUUCCUGAAGAAUCUGUCUUUUAUUGAUAUUUGCUACAUCUCUGUCACUGUCCCCAAAUCCAACAUGAACUCUUUGAUCAAGAGUUAUUCCAUCUCCUUCCUUGGAUGUGCCUUACAAAUUUUUCUUUUCACGACUUUUGGUAUCACAGAGUAUGUCCUCCUUAUAGUCAUGUCCUAUGACCGAUAUGCUGCUAUCUGCCAUCCUCUACACUAUGAGAUCAUUAUGAAUAGACAUGCCUGUGUGCGGAUGGUGACUGCAUCUUGGUUCAGCGGAUGUAUCUAUGGAUCCAUUCAUGUGGCAGGUACUUUCUCUGUAAAUUUCUGUGGAUCCAAUAUAGUGCAUCAGUUCUUCUGUGAUAUUCCAUCACUGCUUACACUUGCUUGUCCUGGGGAAGAGAUACUAGAAUAUGCAUUUCUAAUUGCUAGCUUUUCCUUUGCUUUUUUAUGCUUUAUUUUCAUAAUUACCUCUUACGUUUACAUAUUCUCAGCUGUCUUAAGGAUUCCAUCUGCUCAAGCCCGGUUCAAAACUAUUUCUACCUGCAUGCCUCAUCUCAUUGUGGUGGCCUUGUUCCUUUUUUCUGGAAUUGUUACAUAUUUAGGUACAAAUUAUACAUCUGCAACGUCACUGAAUCUCUUCAUAUCUGUGUUAUACACGAUGUUACCUCCCAGCCUGAAUCCUCUCAUAUAUAGCCUGAGGAAUAAGGAUAUGAAGGCAGCCCUAGGCAAAUUACUGAGUGGUGAAGUGCGGUUAAAGAUAUAA